CGCUCCCCAUUCCAUUGCGACCUUUUUAUCUCUCAACCUUUUACUCAACGCAGAGCGAAACCCUCGCCCCGCUUCGGUCGAUGGCGAAACCCUACGAUUCGGAGAGCUCCUCCGAGGAGACCCCCUCGAACGGCUCGAUCGCCUCCGAGGACGAGCGCAAGAAUGUGGCAGAGGCCAGUCCCGAUGAGGAGGUCGACGAGGAGGAGCUCGAGGCGGUCGCCAGGACGGCCGGCCCCGACGACGAUGAGGCCAAGGACGACAACGGGGACGAGGACACCAAGGACGAGGACACGAAGAGCGUUGAUGACGACGAUGAGGACGAGGAGGAAGAUGAGGAAAAUGCUAAAUUCGGAAAGCGUGAAAGAGCCAGGUUGAGAGAGAUGCAGAGGAUGAAGAAGCAAAAGAUUCAAGAAAUACUGGUUGCACAGAAUGCAUCUAUUGAUGCUGACAUGAAUAACAAGGGAAAAGGGCGGUUGAAGUACUUGCUACAACAGACUGAGAUUUUUGCUCAUUUUGCUAAGGGUGCCCAAUCUGCAUCAGAAAAAAAGCCAAGAGGAAGGGGGCGUCACGCAUCUAAAAUUACGGAGGAAGAAGAAGAUGAGGAAUACCUUAAGGAGGAAGAGGAUGCCUUUUCUGGUGCAGGAGGAACCCGUUUGGUUUCACAACCAUCUUGUAUACAGGGCAAAUUAAGAGAUUACCAGCUAGCUGGAUUGAAUUGGCUAAUACGAUUAUAUGAAAACGGAAUCAAUGGGAUUUUAGCUGAUGAAAUGGGUCUUGGAAAAACAUUGCAAACCAUCUCUCUACUUGGCUAUUUGCAUGAGUUUAGAGGAAUUACUGGUCCUCACAUGGUAGUAGCACCAAAAUCUACUCUUGGCAACUGGAUGAGGGAAAUUCGGCGUUUUUGUCCUGUUUUGCGUGCUGUAAAAUUUCUUGGGGAUCCUGAAGAAAGAAGACAUAUACGUGAGGACUUGUUGGUCGCUGGGAAGUUCGAUGUUUGUGUAACUAGUUUUGAAAUGGCUAUCAAAGAAAAAAAUGCUCUAAGACGCUUUAGUUGGCGCUAUGUUAUUAUUGAUGAGGCUCAUCGGAUUAAAAAUGAAAAUUCUCUUCUUUCAAAAACAAUGAGACUCUACAAUACUAAUUAUCGCCUUCUUAUCACUGGAACACCUCUUCAGAACAAUCUUCAUGAGCUGUGGGCUCUUCUUAAUUUUCUGCUUCCUGAGAUAUUUAGUUCUGCUGAAACCUUUGACGAAUGGUUUCAAAUAUCUGGAGAAAAUGAUCAGCAGGAGGUUGUUCAACAGCUUCACAAGGUUCUUCGUCCAUUUCUCCUCAGACGACUUAAAUCUGAUGUUGAGAAAGGAUUACCUCCGAAAAAGGAAACUAUACUCAAGGUAGGAAUGUCCCAGAUGCAAAAGCAUUAUUACCGUGCUCUGCUUCAAAAAGAUUUGGAGGUCAUUAAUGCUGGAGGGGAACGCAAGCGUCUUCUGAACAUUGCUAUGCAGCUGCGUAAGUGUUGUAAUCAUCCAUAUCUCUUCCAAGGUGCAGAACCUGGGCCACCUUAUACGACAGGAGAUCACCUUAUUAUAAAUGCAGGAAAAAUGGUUCUGUUAGAUAAGUUGCUGUCAAAAUUGAAAGAACGGGAUUCCAGAGUUCUAAUAUUUUCACAGAUGACUAGACUUUUGGACAUCUUGGAAGAUUAUUUGCUGUAUUGUGGAUAUCAAUAUUGCCGGAUUGAUGGGAAUACUGGGGGAGAGGAACGUGAUGCUUCAAUUGAAGCCUUUAAUCAACCUGGAAGUGAGAAGUUCAUUUUCUUGCUUUCUACAAGAGCUGGUGGACUGGGGAUUAACCUUGCUACUGCAGAUGUUGUCAUUCUCUAUGACAGUGACUGGAACCCACAAGUUGAUCUACAGGCACAAGAUCGUGCCCACAGGAUUGGCCAAAAGAAAGAAGUUCAAGUGUUCCGUUUCUGCACAGAGUACACUAUCGAAGAGAAAGUGAUAGAAAGGGCAUAUAAAAAGCUUGCGCUUGAUGCUUUGGUAAUUCAACAAGGUCGGCUGGCAGAACAGAAGACUGUUAACAAAGAUGAACUUCUACAAAUGGUAAGAUUUGGUGCCGAAAUGGUGUUCAACUCCAAUAACAGCACAAUAACUGAUGAGGACAUUGAUCGCAUCAUAGCUAAAGGAGAAGAGGCUACCGCAGAACUUGAUGCAAAGAUGAAAAAGUUUACAGAGGAUGCCAUUAAGUUUAAAAUGGAUGACACUGCUGACUUGUAUGACUUUGAUGAUGAGAAGGAUGACAACAAGGUUGACUUUAAGAAACUUGUUACCGAUAAUUGGGUUGAGCCACCUAGAAGGGAAAGGAAACGCAAUUAUUCAGAUGCUGACUAUUUUAAGCAAGCACUGCGCCAAGGUGGUCCUGCAAAAUCAAAAGAGCCACGAAUUCCUCGUAUGCCUCAAUUGCAUGAUUUUCAGUUUUUCAACACACAGAGAUUAAGCGAAUUGUACGAGAAAGAAGUUCGAUAUCUCAUGCAAGCGCAUCAGAAGAAUCAAUUAAAAGAUACAAUUGGUGAUGAAGAAGAACCUGAAGACUUAGGUGAGCCGCUGACUGCAGAGGAACAGGAAGAGAAGGAGCGGUUGUUGGAAGAGGGUUUUUCAACAUGGACAAGGAAAGAUUUUAAUACAUUCAUUCGAGCAUGUGAGAAGUAUGGCCGCAAUGACAUAAAGAGUAUAGCAUUGGAAAUGGAGGCCAAAACAGAAGAGGAAGUAGAAAGAUAUGCCAAGGUCUUCAGACAGAGAUACAAGGAAUUAAAUGAUUAUGAUCGUAUUAUGAAGAACAUAGAAAGGGGUGAAGCAAGGAUCUCUCGCAAAGAAGAAAUAAUGAGAGCAAUUGGCAAGAAGUUGGAUCGCUACAAGAACCCAUGGUUGGAACUAAAAAUUCAGUAUGGCCAAAAUAAAGGAAAAUUGUAUAACGAGGAAUGUGAUCGCUUUAUGUUGUGCAUGGUGCAUAAACUUGGUUAUGGUAACUGGGAUGAGCUCAAAGCAGCAUUCCGUACUUCACCUUUGUUCCGGUUUGAUUGGUUUGUAAAGUCUCGUACAACUCAGGAGCUUGCUAGACGCUGUGAUACCCUUAUUCGUCUGGUAGAGAAAGAAAAUCAAGAGUAUGAUGAGCGGGAGAGACAAGCACGGAAAGAUAAAAAACUUUCUAGGACACCAACAAAACGGUCAUUAUCAAAGGCACCAGCUAUGGAAACUCCUGCUUUGACCUCUUUCAAAAGAAGAAAACAAUCAUCCAUGGAUGACUAUAUGAGCUCGGGGAGGAGGAGGAGAUGAGGUGAUCCAGGGAAUGACUACCUUGGAGCGCAAGACAAGCUGUAAUCAUCUUGAUAGCUGGAUAUUGCCUUCGUGUGGUCAAACAUCGUACUGCAGCAAGAAAAAAUAUUUCGUAUAUCCUUAUGAAUGUAGGCUAUAUUAUGGAUAUAUACAUGUGGCUAUGCCUGUGGUGGCAUUAAAAUCAAUUUGUUCCCAUUCCGCUCUGUUUUGUCAUUGAGUGGAUGGAUCACUGAAUCUUUACCUUAAUAGAACAUUGCUUCCAUCAAGCUACGACAUCUGAAGGCCUAGAGCACAACAUGAAUGAGCUUCAACUGUGGUUAGAAUUAUCAUAAUAGAGACUUCUGGAUUACCUUA